AUGCCCUUCGGAACGCCGAAGUACAGCCCACCGGAGUGGAUCCUCUUUGGCUGCUACCAUGGCCAGCCAGCCACCAUCUGGUCCCUGGGCAUCCUGCUCUAUCACCUGGUCUGCGGGCACCUUCCUUUCCACACAAACGAGGACAUCGUCCGGGGCCAGCUCUUCUUCCCGCCCCGGGUGUCUCAAGAGUGCCAGCACCUCAUCAGGUGGUGUUUAUCCAUGGACCCCGCAGACAGGCCAUCACUGGAAUACCUUUUUGAGCAUUCUUGGCUGCAGGAGCCCUGCCUGGCCCAGGAGACAGCAGAGAUCCAUCCCUGUGCUCAGUAGGAUCCAGGAGCCCAGCAAGUACCAGCUGCACCCGUCUGGUGGCACUCCAAGAAAACCCCGGAGCGUUUCCCUGCAGCUGCGGCACGGA